UUUCUUGUAUAUAAAUCAAUCAAUCUGACAUUUAUAUCUUGUUUUAGUUUGUUACAUGAUGCUGUUUUGAGAUUUGCCAAACCAACAUACAAAAGUAAUUCAUUCAAGUUCACAAUCUUUCUUACAUAUUGCCCUUUGACCCCUUUUGUUUACAUACUGAGAGCUUUGGUGGAACACACCUCUGGUUAGGCCAAACAUCUGUCUCAGAACAUCUUCUGGUGUUAUUGGUCUAUAGCUGUGAUGAUACUUCGCAGGGCACCUUAGCCUGCUGGCUGUUUGAGGAAGAUAUGGAAAUAUAUGUAAAUUUUAAAGAACAAACACAGCGUGGCAGCUGUAAAUGGAAAGGCCUUUCUUUUAGCAACGUUUGAAUUACAUCAUACCAUUUAAAGAAGCAAUCUUUGACCCAGACGGUCUGGCAGAAACGCUCUAAUUUUACCACGCUAGUCUUUAGAGAUCUUAAGCAAGAGGUGAGUCAAAUCAGAGGUUCUGGGGAACAGGCUUGUGUUAGUUAUGGUGUGUUUAACCUGUUAUUAUGGAACAACUAAAAUCCACACCGGUCCUGUCACUGUGUUUCCCUGAACAUUCUCUUUGCAGCUUGUGCUGCUGCCUGUUUGAAAGCAGCUCAGUAAUCCUGGAUCAGGGAGCACAAAAGCCCCCAGAGUGUUGGUGAGGUAAGCACUGCAUCCAGGACUUACCCCAUGACUCUCCUUCGUCCCACAUUCUGCCCGACGGGGGAGAUAGGGCAGGGAGGAACGUCCCUGUCCUGGCUGAUCCUGAACUCUACAAAUUAACACAUAUGCUGUGAUACUAAACAGCUGCCACUCUUCUCUGUGUCAGAAUUUGGCUGCCAAUGAGCUGAGACACAGUGGGAAAGUCAACCAGCUCUCCGCAGAGGAAUACGGUUGAUGUGUUGGAUUGGCUUGUUGUGACCAGGAGGACAUAACACCGCUUCAACUCUCUCAUAGAGUGCCACGUCACUUCAGGACUCCAUGGACUUGCUGCAGGACUCCAGCCACACCAUGUGGGACCUGAAUACUCGACUGAAGAGUUUCAUGGAGCAGGUUAACAGGCUGCAAGAGGCCAACCACCAGCUGGAGGCUCAGAUAGCCAAGUGGAGCUUCAGGAAUGCCUCACGCAGCCAGAACUGGUCCAAGCAGGAACAGACCGUCAGGGACCUUCGUUCACAGAUUUGUAAUCUCCUCAUGGAGAACGCCCAGUUGGCAUUACAGUCUGACAACAUGAGAUCCAGAGCUGCUGCUAUCCAAGCCAGGUGUGAGACAGAGGAGAGGACCACCAGACGCCUUGAGCAGCAAGUGUCCCUGUUCAGGGAGGCAAAGCGAGAGGCAGACGAAAGCAACAAGGCACUGCAAGCCGAGUGCCACCGCUCCAUGACACAGCUGCAGCAGAUGGACCAGGAGUUUAUGGCAGCCCAGGCUCUGCAGCUGCAGCAGGCCGACUCCUGCGAUGCUCUGUUAGCAGCAGCAGGAAGGGAGGAGGAGGAUGGCACAGCGAUGGAGCUCACCCAGCUCUUUGACCAAAUCAGAGCGCAGUGCGACCAGAGCAGACCUGCUGGCCUGGCUGAGAGACACCGUGUCCUGGGAACAGCCUCAGAUCCAGCUGCCGGCUUGGUGGGGCCUAGGCAGUCUGGAUCAGGAGUGGCAGCAGCUUCCAGAACACACAGAGGAGCCGUUACUGAGGAGGAGGCAGCAUGGGCGCAGGUGAGCCUUGGAGGAGCUGCGCUGAAGGAGGCACGGGCUGAGCUUGCUGAGGCCAGGAAGCAGUGGCGCUCCCUGCAGGUGGAGAUUGAAACCCUGCAUGCUUUGGAGAAAGGCCUGGAGUGUUCGCUGCAGCACACCCAGGAGCUGUACACAAGCCAGCUGCACGACCUCUCGCAGGUGAUCGUCGGGCUGGAGAGCGAGCUGGAACAGGUGAGGAGCGGCUUGGCCACCCAACGCCAGCGCCACAGCCAGCUGCUGAACACCAAGAUGAGGCUAGAGCGUGAGAUUACCACUUAUCGACAGCUUCUGGAGCGAGAAGAGGGCAGGUACGUCAGUCGUCGUGCCCAUCCGUUGGUUCUGCGGCCCUGGAGGUCUCCUGUGACGGAGCCAAAAGAAAAUGAGUUGGAAAACAGCUUCAGUGACUCUGCUGUCACUCCGGAUGAACCAAAAUCUGAACCUCUGCCUGACAUCCCGUCUCUCCUUCCUGCUGACAAUGGACUGAAGAAGAGCAAGCUGUACAGGCAGCAAAGCCUUGUGAUACUCACAGAGCCGGAGCAGGAUAAGGACUUGCCACUGUCCACUGUAAAGACUCAGGAGAUUCUUCAGGGCAACGUGGUGCGGGAGAGCGCAGAAGGUCACGGCACCAUUGAGACAGAGAAGAUUGACAAGGUGAUAAAGCAGUGGGAGGGCUCCUUCUUCAGAGGGAACCCCAAACUGAGGAAGAAGUCUGUGUCACUGCGCUUCGACUUGCACAUGGCUGCAGCAGACGAGGGCUGUGGCCAAACCAAACAGGACAGCCUCCCCGACGUGGAGGUUCGUCUUAUCAUGAAACGGUCCCGCAGCAUCUCCACCAUCACACAGUGACUCUCGUGCUUUAAGUACACAGUUAUUACCAGUUCGUAGCGGUAUGUGGUGAUGCCAGAGGUGUCGAGGAUGCAAAUGGAACUGCAGCGAUCCCCGAACUCUGGGCUGCAACCAUCCAUUGCCAUCAUGCUUUCAAAUGCAACAUUUACUAAGCUUAGCAUCACAGCUCAUGACUGAAUUUACCUGUCGGAUACGGGUUGUGGCAGGUUAAGUGUUAUAAAAGGAGGCUUUUGUGGUGACCGUUUCAAUAGAGCCGGAGAGAUUUAUAUUCUCUGCAGUAACAUUUAAAGCAUAACCUUACGUCAUCGGCUUAGACAAAGAGAAAGUGUCUCUCACUUUUUCAGCCUUUGCUGCAUAAUAGGUAUUACAGACUAACACUGACAUUUAAUCCCAGUUAAACUCUACGUGAAGGUAGGAGGAGACUAUUGAAAGCAGACUUGUUCAAGCAGCUACAAACUACCAGAGGGUGCAUUUAAGUGGUGAAUUUUCACUACAGGACUGUAUGAAAAUUAUAGAAGUGACUGAAUUUUGCACGUUUUUAUUUUAUUUUAUUGCGUAUGUCACCAGCAAACAAAGCUAAGACCUUUUUAUUUUCAGAUUUAUUUUAUUUCAAAAGUCAUAAUCUAAACAGUGAUGCUUUAGGGUUCUUUUCACAAGAUUAUAUAAAUGUUUUGUCACCUAUAUAAAAAUUAGAGCUGAACAAGUACACUUCUAUUCUUCAUAAGAUAGGGACAAAAUGUUACCUACCUUCUUUCUGUGAUUGAGUCAGUGAUAUUUUUGAAUGAAGAAUAGUCAUAAUAAUCAAUAACAUAAAACCAUCUAAACAAAGUUUCCUGCUAUUUGUGAAGGUAAGCAGGAAUGUAACGAGCCAGGAAAGAGAAAGUUGACUUUAGCUAUAGAAUAACAAAUAUAGAAACUGCAAUGCUUCGUUUUAUCCACUUAUAAUUUUUUGCAGUGUAGUGUCACUAUGUCCUUGGUCAUUGUGUGAUUUCCAUCACUAAUCUUUACAGCUCUACUCACUGCAGUUCAAUUUAAGGGAAACGGUGAAUCAAUUAGACAGUAAAUUGUAAAAUUGUGAAAAAAACGAGUAAAUUUUGGUUUAAUAAAAUAAAUACAACCUCAAAAUAUAGUAAGAUUAUUAAAACAUAAAUGUCUGAAAUAUUUAAGAUUGCAUCCAAUCACUCUUUAGGGAUGAUGCAUUGUUACAUAAGAGCAGGCCAGCCUUAGAGGUUAUAGUAGCACACACCAAAAAAACACAACAGGGUCAGAUUUCAGUUUGUCUUUAUCUGACUCUUGUACUGACUUGGCCCAGAAAAUACCACAAUGUUGAAAUGAUCAAAGUGAUUGCAUCAUAAUUUUGAAUACUUUCUUUUUUAACUGAGUUCAGACUUAUAGCUCUUGAUAGUUCUAUUUGUUUUCAUGUCAAAAGUAGCAAAAAAGGUAAAAGAAAAUACAAAUACAAAAUUUCUCUCAACAUUCAGGUAGACGUCAUGCUUCAGUUCUUACCAGCAGUUUUACUCUGAAGUAUACAGCCAUUUGCAUCCUCUUUUUCCACUGUCAGCAUUAUACUUAUAUAAGUAAACAGUGCAGUGGUUAUGGAAAACAUUGGAUUAGUGAAUGGAAGAAAGUCUUACUAAUCACUGUCUUACUAAACAGCAGAAAGUCUUACUAAUCACCACAUAAGCCCAGACAGAAAGACCCCAGGCAGAAAUUCAAACCCAUAAAUUUCUUGCUAUAAGGCAGCAAUGAUAAUAACUGUCACUCUGCAGCCCACUGCAGUAUUAAUAUCUAAUGUUUCUUCAUAUAAUCAGUCCAUGUUUUACUCCCAGUCCGUCCUAACCUCACAUAAUAUAACUUCCCAAAAGUUAUCUUAAAUAUGUCUGUCACACCUUUCAAACUCUACAGUUUCUUCUAUCACUUCAGUUUUGUAGAACAACACUACUUAAAUAUACUGUAGGUGGCAUUAAUAUUCUGGUAUACACUCUGUAUAUACUCUGCCAUUCAUUUGGCUCAGACAAAUGAAUGAGAAAAAACAAGUCACAGUUGCAGCUAAUUAAAGUAUUUCAAAUGGAAAGAUUUCUUUUGGUGGCAUAGAAGAGAUCUGCUACUAAGCAACCACACACACAUUUGACUGGUAUUUAUUGUCAAGAAAGCAAUAUUUUCUCUGCUCACAUCAGACAGGAAACAUGCUUUUACCUGCCUUGAUAAACCUGCCUCUAAAAUAUGACAUUUGCGCUUAGGUUUUGACUGCAAAGGCUAACAGUGAGAACUACUGCUUAUAUCUAAAUCUACAUGUGUGUUUUAAUUUAGAAGAUCUUUUUGUGUGUGUUAUUUCUGCUUCAUUGAGUACCAGGUUAAGGAUGAAUAUUUAUUAUCCUGUUUGGUUUGAAAAGUUAGGUAAUGUUAAAAAUAACUGCUUUACUAACUGAAGUAGACAAAAUGGAGUUGGACAAAGAGCUGACUGAGAAAAAUUAGCUGAUUUAAUUUUUGUAAUUCAUCUUCCUAGAUACAGUAAUUCGGCCUGAUUGGUAGUUUGGUUGGGAAAAGAUGGAGAGUUUGAGAUAGUCCCAUCAUAUCAUAGUGGCUCUGACUGAAAUAUUUCCAGCCCUGUGAAUUUCCUAACCCAGUGAUUUUCUUACAGUCCUGAAACACGUUGCACUGCAAACCCACACAGCACGUAAGAACGUCUGCACUGAAAAAUAUCCAGAGUUGGAGCACUUUGGUGGUCCUUUGUGAAUGCAGGUAAUUCUCAGACUGAUAAUGUAGAUAUAAUGUACCACUGUGAUCCUAACAGCAGCGCUGCUUUUAUCACUUACAAUGUGUUUCUCUGAGAAUUUCGCUUCCCCAUUUUCACCAAUAGAGGACAGCGUUUAUUAAGAUUUACCUCUGCAAUGAAUCCAUCAUACUGUAUUUGUGCCUCCUUAGAUUUUAAGUUUUUAUGCUAAGUUUUGAGUUAAGCCCCAAAGAUGUUUUGAAAAAUAAAAUUCGGACCUGUAGGCAGUAUGUUUAGGUCCUUCAAGGGUGGUUUAAAAUACCUGAAUUUAUCCUGUCUAUGCAGUCCUGUGCUUGAUUUUUGCUCUGCUUCAAGAAGCACACUAGAGGUUUAUCAUUUCAAAUAAAGAGAAAAUGUGCUGA